AUGCNUUGCGACAAGCUACGUGGAAAAUGGUCACUGUGGACUCCGUGGUCGGUAUGCACACCAAACUGUGGAAUCUCGAACUACAGACGACGCUCUCGUACUCGAGACUGUUUAGGUUUGGCAUGCCGUGGUGGUGACGGUCAUAUCCAAGUACAGCCAUGCGAAACAAUGCCUUGCCCAGAUCAACUGUUACUACUGGCCAGUGAAGGACGCAGUGGACAAACUGGUGACUUGAAAACGGAAUUACUCCAAGCCGAUGUGGCCAGAAUGGUGAAACUAGUCGGUGCUGUGGCAAAAGUUUUCUUACUCAUAUCCUGCCUACUCACGAUGGUCAUUGCAACAGCUCUGGUUUUAAUCGCCUUUCACAACCACUUAACUUCAAGCGAUUGUCCUCUUCUGCUAUGUGACGACGGUUCGAUCAAUUCACUGCAAUUUAUCAGCUAUAAACCGUGUGCCAUAGGCACAUUGGUUCCAUCUGCCACGAUUUCGAUCACCGAAAAACUGAACAAACAACCAAGCCUUGGAGGCGAAGGCAUGUUCAGUUUGUUCGGAAAUUGGGUAGCUACACAUUGA